GACAUCCACCCAAAUUGGACACCACCUGGGAGGGAGAAAUUACAAAUGCCUCUCUCCCCGGGAAAAGCUCACAUCCCAUUUAGAUACUAGAGAAUCCAACCCUGAGGAAACAAGGCCUCAUUAGUGUCAUUGCCCGAGGAACUGCUUAAUUAAAGGACAACAGAGUUGAGAGCAUUGUUAUGUAGGCCUUUGUUCCUUACACCUGGUCAUUUCCAUUGAUGUAAAAUGCCAUCUUUCUGAUCUGGUAGCAUUUUGCACCCACUUUAGACAAGUAUUCGUGGCCAGCUGAGAAGGUGCAGAGAAGGGAAGAAUCAGACCUUUAUUACAGGUAAUUACAGCCUCACCUAGCCAUCAGGUGGAGGGCGUACACCGCUAUUAGCCAGUACUCCCACAAAGAGAACAAAGGCUGGCUGGAAAGUGGGAGCCACCCAGGGAGCAUCCCUGUGUCCAGCUACACCACUCUCAGGCGACAGACAUGCUGGGGAGGUCAUGACCAUAGGCUCCCGCAUCUCUCAGCCUCCUGCAUGUUUUCCUGGUUUUAAUCCAGCUUGAUUUAGCAUUACAGGUGAAGGCCAUGAGAUGAGGAAACUAAAUGAGAAAUGGCUCCAUAACCAACGAAAUCAGCUCUGAGUUAAAAUGCUAAAGGAGGUAGGGGGUAGCUAUCAAAGCUUGUCUCAGCAACUAGCCUAAUUCUGUUUUCAAAAGCCACUGUUGAGUGCUUUUGAAAAUUUUAUCCUAGAUGCUUGGCUCAAAGACCUUAACCAAUGAUUUUUUUUUUCUCUAUCUGCUGUACGAAAGCUAAAUAUAAACCCACGUUAUUGAACAAAACCCUAACAAAACCCCUGUUGCAGGUCUAGAAAAAUCUUUACACAGAAAAUUGAAUUAUUGGAGACCAGCAUCUAAAGUGUCAUUUGGUUUUGGAUGCUUCUUUGUUUUGUGUACACAAUUUGGCAUACAGAAAAAUGUUAUUUCCAGCAGCAAAUAUUUGCCUUAUGUUCUUUUUAUCUUCUCCUAUUUGCCUUUUCUUCUCCUGCCCUCAGAAAGCCAGGGCCUGAGUGUUUCUGUAUGGGUAGCUAAAGUUCCUUCUGAAAAUGCAGAUUAGUCUAAUUUAUCCAUACAAGUAUGUACAUUAUGUGUGUCUACUGUUUGUCUGGGGAGAGUCUUAAUGACUUUUCCGCUGAUUGGUUGUGGGACCACAAGUAAGUCAUAAAGCUAGCCCGUGCCUCAGUUUACCCGCUGCAGCUUCAUUAAUGCUAACCUAGCUCAUGAGGUGCUGUAAUGUUUAAUAUAUUGUGUGCUCUGUAAUCCCUGGAUUAAAUGUAUUAUGUAAGUGAAAAGCACCUAUUUGAUGUAUAUGCAAAUGCUGCAGUAUUAUAUAGGUAGGAGGGUCAUUUGGGUGUAAGUGUAAUACAGGCGCUGGCAAAGGGCAAAAGGGAUUCCAUUGUAUUGACUUAUUUUUAAAGAGCUUUUUAUUUACUGAAAUGCUCUGGACACCCAGAAAGAGAGACAUUCCUCACUAAGCAUGUCUGCUGUUUCAUCUGUCUCGAAGCGCUUUGAUAAAUGGAUUGAAACUUGUCAGCUUUUCCUGUAGUUUCUGAGACUCCCUCUGGAAACCCUGUUGAAAUGUUAUUAUGGUAACUUCUUAGAGCGCUACUUAAUGAAUUGUAACAGAUAUCCCUGCUGAGUCCCACAGAAGCUGUGAGGACUGUGCUUCCUCUCCUCCUCCGGCAGAAGCAAGUCCCUGAGCCUUGAAAGCUCUCGUCCUCCUCCACCAUGUGGAAAUCACCACAGGCCUGUGCCGUGGAGACCACCACGGGCCUGUGCCUGGCCUGCCUCACAGCUGGGCUGCCGGUGGGCCUUCAGUGAUGUUGAGCACAGUGGGAUGUCAUCCCUUUCUGUUUUAAUGGUAAAUUGUAGAAAGGAUAACAAAUUUUCAAGGGUUUAAGUGAGUGCGAGGUGAUCUUCUCUUUGCUUAGGAUGAGGUAUUUCAGCUUGAGCUAUCCUGAAGCUUGGGCUGGUGACCCGGGUGCCUAUGCACAGUCUGAGCUCACACUACCCACAGAUCCCACUUGCAGCCUUUUCUCGGGCAACCUGUCAUGAUGGAUGGAGGCCACCAGGAAAUUCCACCAUCCAUCCACACAGCAGGUAAACCUGGCAGCUCUUCUGAAUCCUGGGGAUAGCCCAGCAGGAUCAUUAGAUCUUCCUGAGGAUAUUUGCUGAUGAGGUGGGCAGGGUGACUGACAUAGACACAUACGUGGUGUGGAGUUGGAGUGUGGAAGCCAACCACCUUGGGGUCACCUUGGGAUGCACUACAUUUCCUACUCUGUUGCAUCAACCAGUGGGGCAAUGAGAUGCCAUGGUGACUUCUUAUUUCCUACGUCCAGCCAACCAACAGGACUCCUGCUCCUCCUCUGCUUCCCCUAGAGCAGGGGGUAUGUGACUGGUGAUAUGGUUAGGUAGGCUAGGUAGCUUGGUUGUGCUGGGUAUGGUCAGCGAUCCUCAUCCUGAUGCAUCAGUCACUUGAAACGCUAAAAGUGGUUUGGGUUUUUUGUUUGGUAGUGUGGGGUUUUUUGUAGUUCUUGUUCGGCUUUUUUUUUAAAGUCUUCCCUGUGUUUUGCUGUUUGUUUGUUAGGUUUUUUAAGAGUACAAAGUUGAUCUAUUGCUACUUAAGCUGUCAUGAAGUGAGAAAUGGCUAAAGGCACAGUUCCAGCAGCAUUAACAGCUGUGCCCCUUGCCCUGCCUGGUACGGCUGACACGUGCCUGCAGUAGAUAGCACUGGUCAUCUCCAGCUUGAAAAAUAUCAGCAUGCCUUCCUCUUGCCUCCAAAAAUGAACUUGGGCCAUCUAGAGUGAGGUAUGCAGGAAGAUGGGGGGUUGGGGUGUUGAAGGAGCUCCUGCUCUGUUUGGCAUUGGAGCAGAACUGCAAAUAGUCUAGGUAUAGGUCACCUUUCUGUGGUGAGGCCUCGGAGGUGACUCCAUUACCCUCAGCGCGUUGAGGCCAUGUUUGAUUUAUGCAGCCUUUUAUUUCACUUUUUAUUAUCAUUUUGCAUAUUAAAAUUUGUAUAGGCAGCCAGAAGAGAGCAGCAUCUACACAAUACUCGACACAAUGGAGAGGAUUAGAAAUCAGUGUCUCUCUUCUCUGGGACCUGGACUGGGGGGUAAGGGGUGCUAAAGCAUCGUUUAUUUAUUCUUUGUUUUAAAAGUACUUCCAAUUAUUCCUUUCUGUGGAUCCUCAGUAAAAUAUAAUCUAUGACCAAUACCAAUGUCUGAUUUCAGUUGCUAGAUUCAAAAAAUUAUAUAAAACCAAGGCUACCAUGGUCUUUUUCCUGAGAUGUUCACCUUUUUCUUUUAAAGUUUCUUCACUCUUCUCAGCCAGACCAAAUAUAUCAGUGUGCAUACAUAGGUGAUGCCAAGAUAUGAUUUAUUUUUUUCAAAAAUAAUUCCUGAUUUAGGAUUUUUUUUUUUUUUUUGGUAUUUUAGCUGCCUUUGCAUUAAAUUCCUCCAAUAGUCUAAUUCACACUAGGAAUGCUCUGGAAAUCAAACCUACUAAAGUCAUCUCUGUUUAUUCCUCCCGAAGUGAAAUCAUCCAUGUCCUCCUGGCUCUCGUGAGAUCCUGGGGGAAACUGUUUGCACACACACAUUGACACAUCUUUAGAGCAUUCCACACAAGCCAGUGAAAUUACACCAGAAAUAUGAAUUUAGACCACACCGCGUGUGUGUGCUGUGCUGUUUGUAUAGUGUACACACACAUGCCCCAGCAAACACUCUGAUUUAAAUUUCAGAAAAAGCCAUUCAAGACAUUGCUGUGUAAUUCACUUUAUGACUGUACACUGUAUGCAUUCCUAGAAAACGAACGUGUAUUCUGUGAAUGUUCCCACUUUACAAAAAUAUUUGACUUGGGUUUAUUUUAUUUUAUUUUUUUAAUAUUGAGGGUUUAGAAAUCUUAGUAAUUGUCACGAUUACCGUGUGUAAUAGAAAUUAGAAGGAAGCCUGGGUUUUGGCUUUGAAGCUACCAACUUCUAAGAGUACAUUUCUUAAGUUUUCUUUUUAAGGUGCUUCUUCAUGCCUCAGCUAAACUUUCCCCAGAUUACGUGUUAGCUGUGAUAGCUGUUCUAUAGUUAGAUUUUAAUCAGCCUUAGUACACAGUAAUGUUAAACACUGAAAGAGCUACUAAUUAAUCGCCUUUCUGUAUGUAACAGAGAGAUAAAUAUCCAUCCCAGAGGAAUUGUAAUUUCAUGGUUUCUAAUGAUGGUUAGAUUACAUUAUCUGGAUCACUUAGGCUGUGGGUGUCAUAAAAAAUGCUCAAAGUCAUUUAUAUUCAGUUUAAUUUUUUUUUUAACUUUGUAAGCCUGAGAAAAUAAUGCGGUGUUAGCAAGUCUGUUUCAUAUUUUAGUUAAAUAUACCUUUGUUGCACUGACUGAAUGGAUUCAGAUGACAGUGACAAACUCAGUUCUUUUCUAUUUAACAUGCACCCUCAGCAAUCAAAUUAACAAUGUACAAAUCUUCAUCAGGCUUCUGCAGAAGAGUCUGUUGAAUUCUGCAGUGUUGUUGAGCUUUAGAGAAAAAAAAUAUUUUGGGAUGUUCACUUGAAGUGAUGCUAAUUCUUGCAUCAUUCUGUAAAGUCAUAGUUGUCUGUCUUAAAAUAAGAUUAACUGGACUUUGGGUUUUUAUCGGGCUGCAUCUCAAAUAAAAUACUGCAAUCCAA